UGGCCGCCUCUCCCUGUCCUCACGAUCGACCACUCACUCACUGGAGGAAAAGUAUGAUACAGCUUAGUUACCUUCUUUACUGUAGUCCGAGGAGUCUUUUAGGUGGCGCAGGCUACUGGCGGAAGCCGAGAAAAGGUUCCGAUCGUUUCGUCCUCAUCGUUGAUUCGAAUCUAUGGUGCCACUGCCGCCGCUGCUAUGGAGCGAGGGCGCUCUUUGAAGUUGCCUCCCGCUCCUCGUCUGGCGGUCCCACCUUAAAGCACGCCAUGGAGCUCUUCAGGCUGCUCGCACAUGGUGGUAAACACGGUGGCGGCGCGCCCUCCUCGGCUACUAGGCCUGCCGCCACCGCGGACCUUUGCCCGGACAACGACGACGGACCCUUCUUCGACCUCGACCUCGCCCUGCCACUGCGGGAAGACGCGGACGUCCAUCGGGAGAACCGGCAGUCCUCCAUCGACGCGGAUUCGGAGGACGACGACGGUGGCAGUCACCUCUGCGACCCGGUCCUGUCGCUCUACCCCUCCGACGGCCUCUUCUUAAAGGGUCGCCUCCUCCCGCUCGAGCCGUCUUCCCUGGGGGUCUUCUCCGCCUCAGCGCUGCCCAAGUCGACCAAGUCACAGGUUCCCGCUUUCCUCCUCAAAUCCGCCGCCAGAGUUCGCGCCUUUAAGCUGGGCUUUCACAGGAGAUCGAAGUCGGCCUCGCCGGAGCUCAACCCCGCCGCCUCCCCGGUUACUACCUCCACCUCGCCGAAGCAAAAGCAUCACAACGACAUCCACGUCAAAGCCAAAGCGGAGGAGGCGCCGCCGGUGUCGCUCUUCGCCAGAGAAAACAUCUCAAGAAGCUCCAGCAGCCGCAGCUCGGCCCAGAUUCGCAUCGACGGCGCUUUACCUGCGUCGGACGAGAAGAAGCUCCCCUGGGACGUGCUCCAAAGGUGUCUUGACAAGCUUAAGCCGCUUUACACCAGGAUCUCGAAGCGCCGGUUCUCCGAGCCGCUGCGGCCUGUCGGGAAGGGCGCAGAGGCGGACGGAGAAGACCGGCGGAGAGUGGUAGAGUCAAUUGCGAGCAGCUUUAACGGGCCACUUAAGUCGCAAGACGGGAAUACACUGGCGGGGCAUAAGGUUGUUAGCCGACGAUUGAGGAAGAGCCGGUCGGCUUCGGCUGCCGGGAGGCAGGAUGACUUCCUCAUGGAGCAGCGGGACGGGAUCCAGAGCGCCAUCGCUCACUGCAAGCGCUCAUUCAACAGAGGGACCGACUCGCCGCUGACGCGGUCGAGGAGCGAUUCCGGCAACGGGAGAUCGCUGGAAUCAAGCAGCAGCAGCAGCAGCAACAGUAGCACCACUUGACCGUCGUCCAUGCGGAGACCAAAACGCAUGAACGAAGGAAAUUGAAGGAAAGAAGAAGAUGAUUGGAUAGUGUUGUCGUUAGGCAGAGCUCUUUCUGCUUUCUUGUAAUUAGAUCAGCAUGCAACAUCGUCUCAUCGCAAUUUAGUCUCGGUUCCUUUUGUGUCGACUCUCUCUCUCUCUCUCUCUCUCCCUCCCUCCUCUUUCGGGGACGAGAAGUAGAGACAGAGAGAGGGUAUUCAUACUGUGAUUUCGCGGACAGUGGUAGCAGCGAAUCCAAUGCUCCUCCUUUUGGAAGUGCUCGGUUCAAGACCUGCUUCUUGUGAGCCUUCAGCAGGUAAGACAGUAUUAGAACCCUGUGAGGAUUCCCAGGUCAGGUGGUCACAGCAGCUUUGUUUGAGCAUAUGUAGAUAAUGUUAGUUCAUCAGGUUUGAUGUCUUCUGGAACAAAGCGUU